UGCGAGGCAGGGAGAGUCCAUAAAUAAUAAACUGAUAUUUUUCUAGAAGAGUGAUAUUUUUGAAAAUGAGUUUGAAAAGCUCAAAUGUCCGAAUUCAUGUUCUAACAUCUCUCAAUGUCAUCAAUGGAUGAAACAAUCAGAGCCUACUCAGUCCUCUCCCUUCCCCUCCCCUCCAUUCCAUCGUAACUCAAACUCUAUCAUCACCACCACCAAUGACGAUGGGUUUUAUCUUCACCAAUUUCGAGCACCAUCUUUACCUCCUUUUCUAAGCUAACCUCAUUCGAUCAAUGUAUUGUUGACUCAAACCCAACCCACUCACUAAAUAUAUAUAUACCCAACCCAAGCACGGGUGACCCUCUCUCUCUCUCUCUCGUUCAGACUAACCUAAAACUCAGCAGCCCCUUCUCUCUCCCUCUCGCGUUCACCACGGUGGUCUAGUUCGUGCUCGGUCUUCUCUCAUCGUCGCUCGCGGUGGUUUCCCUCUGUACUAUCUCCAACGUGAACUUUUCAGGUAUAUCUCAAUAUUUUGGAGUGUCUCGUUCCAUUGUUCGAAGGGGCUAUUGGACUUUACUGAUAUUGUUUUGAAUCUAAUGAUUGCUUUGAGGAUGAUGAACCUAUCAAGUUUUGUUGCACAAAGAUAUCUCGGAGCGUGUCUUAGUUGAAGUUUGUUUAUCUUCGUAAGCCAUCUUAGGUUCCUCUCAGAAAUCAAAUCCAGUACUCAUAUAACUCCUGGGUUUUCAACGUUCAAGACACUCCUUUUCUUCUCAAGCUAUUUGCAAUGUUUUAGGCAAUUGGUUUUGCAGAUAUCCAAAAAGAAAUCCUAAGACCACAAAAAUUUCUUCAUUACACAGUUCUUAUUCACUAUUAUUUAUUAUUCAUAUUAAAAUCCAUGUCUUUAUCCAAUGUCUCCAUCUGGUCCAGUGCAAAACCUUCCAUUUCUAGUACAUUUUUGCAAAACCCAAAACCUCUUUUGUUUCCCAUUCCUCUCCAUAAUGGUGGCUCUCGAUCUUCUUCAUUCCCAAAAGUUCAUUGUGGCAUACGAGAGUUGAGAGAGCGAAUUGAUUCGAUAAAGAAUAUCCAGAAGAUAACCGAAGCCAUGAAGCUUGUCGCCGUUGCCAAGGUUCGCAGAGCUCAGGAAGCAGUCAUCAAUGGCCGGCCCUUUUCAGAGACUCUUGUUGGGGUUCUGUACGACAUUAAUGAGCGGCUUCAGUUUGAAGACAUAGAUGUUCCUUUGACAAAUGUUAGACCCGUGAAGAAAGUUGCCCUUGUAUCCAUUACAAGUGACCAAGGUCUUUGUGCUGGUUUCAACAAUGGAAUUAUCAAAAAGGUCGAAAAUCGUAUCACCGAUUUGGAGAAACUUGGAUUGGAGUACACUGUUAUUAGUGUUGGGAAAAAGGGUAACUCUUAUUUUAGUAAUAGGCCUAAUGUUCAUGUAGAUAAGUUUAUUGAAGCAGGGACUUUCCCGACAACAAAAGAGGCUCAGAUUAUUGCUGACAAUGUUUUCUCGCUUUUUCUCAGCGAAGAAGUUGAUAAGGUUGAGCUUGUCUAUACUAAGUUUUUGUCUUUGAUAAGAUUUAAUCCUGUUAUUCAUACCUUGCUUCCUUUAUCACCAAAGGGAAAGGUUGUUGAUGUGAAUGGGAAUAGUGUUGAUGCAUUUGAAGAUGAGUUUUUUAGGCUUACAACUAAGAAAGGGAAGUUGAGUGUGGAGUGGGAAAGAGUUAGAAAAGGAAGCAAAGGAUUGUCCCCUCUCAUGGAAUUUGAGCAAGACCCUGCUCAUAUUCUUGAUGCUAUGAUGCCUUUGUAUCUGAAUAGCCAAAUACUAAGGGCAUUGGAAGAAAGUAAGGCUAGUGAGCUUGCGGCAAGGAUGACUGCUAUGAGUAAUGCAACUGAUAAUGCAGUCGACUUGAUUAAGACUCUUUCAACAGCCUACAAUCGCGCAAGACAGGCAAAGAUUACUGGAGAGAUAUUGGAAAUUGUUGCCGGAGCGGAAGCAUUGAGAGAUCUCGACUAAAUUUUGAAUCUUCUUUUUUCAUUGUAUUCUUUUUGUACCAUACAUACACAGUCAUCACUAGGAUGAAUUUUUUUUUUGUAUUCAUGUCUUGAUUGAGUGACUAUACACACUUUGAGUUGACUUCCGGAAUGAAAACAGUACGAUGUUUGAUUUUUCCAUCA